CCUGCCCUGCCCUACCCUGCUUGGUUCUCGGCGCUCCCGCUCCCACCAUGGCGCUAAGGAGGGGUAUCCCACCGGGCCGGCGCCAUCCCGCAGUUAAAGCUGGAGGUAUGAGAGUGUCUAAAAAGCAAGAAAAUGGACCUGUUGAGAAAAGUACUAAACCUCCAGGAAAAGAAAAGUCAAGUGCUAUUGUCAGUUUUGCAAAACCUGAGAACAUGGGUGUCUUGGUAGCAGAAGCACUGAACAAACUCCUGCCCUGUGUCUCAGGCUGCUGGUGCAGACUCACACCUGCCCUUUGGAAGAGCUGAUUUUACAAGCAGCUCUUUGGUUUGCAUGGUAAUCUGAAGACCUGACAGUUAUCUCUCUGUUACAUUCUUGCAGUCUUCAGACUCUGAAGCAUACAAGAGUUCCUCAUCCCUAGAGCUCAAUAAAACAUCAGUUGCAUAAUUGCAACACAAGCCUUUUUUCAACAGUUGUGUUUAUAUCUUUAGCCUGUAAAUCUUGAAUUUUUGCUUAGACUUUUUUAAGGAGAACAGAUACAACUCAUCCUCUUCUCUUCUACCUGUCCUCAUCUCCUCUGUUCUGACACACUGUUUCCUUCUCCUGUUGGUUUCCAGAAUCAUGUAUAUAAAGCUUCCUUGCUACUUUAGAAUGUGAUAAUUAUCUACUGUAA